GCUGUGAGAUUAUCAGAAGAGAAAGAGGGAGACGCGGAGGAGAGCAGCAGCCCCACCGUCCACCGAUCCUCAAGCGAGAGAGAGAGGCAGCGUCUGGAGCAAGAGCUGGGCGGGGAAAUAACUGCGGUACUGAAGAGACACUUCAUUGCCGAACUGCAGCAGUUCGUCGGCAUCGUCCGUGUAAAGCAAAAUGUCAUCGUCGGGAAAAGAUAACAGCUCCCAACAUGCGAAUUACGUGGGACCGUAUCGCCUGGAAAAGACGCUCGGCAAAGGACAGACAGGCCUCGUGAAGCUGGGAAUCCACUGUGUCACAUGUCAGAAAGUUGCCAUCAAAAUUGUAAACCGGGAGAAACUCAGCGAGUCUGUGUUGAUGAAGGUGGAACGAGAAAUAGCUAUUCUGAAGCUCAUAGAACACCCUCAUGUUUUGAAGUUGCACGACGUUUAUGAAAAUAAGAAAUAUUUAUAUUUGGUUCUAGAGCAUGUGUCAGGUGGAGAGCUCUUCGACUACCUGGUAAAGAAGGGCAGGUUAACACCCAAAGAGGCCAGGAAGUUCUUCAGACAGAUCAUCUCAGCGCUGGACUUCUGUCACAGUCACUCUAUAUGCCACAGAGACCUGAAGCCGGAGAACCUGCUGCUGGAUGAGAAGAAUAACAUCAGGAUAGCAGACUUUGGCAUGGCUUCUCUACAAGUUGGAGACAGUCUCUUAGAAACCAGCUGUGGAUCCCCUCACUAUGCCUGCCCAGAGGUUAUAAGGGGGGAGAAAUAUGAUGGCAGGAGAGCUGAUGUAUGGAGCUGUGGAGUCAUUCUCUUUGCACUUUUGGUGGGUGCUUUGCCAUUCGACGACGAUAACCUGAGGAACUUGCUAGAGAAAGUGAAGCUCGGGGUCUUUCACAUGCCCCAUUUCAUUCCCCCAGACUGCCAAAACCUCCUAAGGGGGAUGAUCGAGGUGGACGCCACCAAACGACUCACGUUAGAACAGAUACAGAAGCACACAUGGUACAUAGCAGGAAAAAACGAGCCAGAGCCAGAACAACCGGUGCCACGGAAAGUGGCGAUCCGCACGCUACCCUCCACUGAGGACAUCGAUCCAGAUGUGCUGGAAAGCAUGCACUCGCUGGGCUGCUUCCGGGACAAGAACAAACUGAUGAAAGAUCUGCUGUCAGACGAUGAUAACCAGGAAAAGAUGAUCUACUUCCUCCUGCUGGACCGUAAGGAGAGGUAUCCCAGCCAUGAGGAUCAGAAUCUACCACCCAGAAAUGAAAUUGAUCCUCCCAGGAAGCGAGUGGACUCUCCACUCUUGACGAGGCACAACAAGAGGAGGCCAGAGCGCAAGUCCAUGGAGGUGUUGAGCGUGACAGAGGGUGGAUCUCCAGUUCCUGUGAGACGUGCCAUCGACAUGGCACAACACGGACAGAGGUCCCGGUCCAUCAGCGGAGCCUCUUCAGGUCUGUCCACUAGUCCUCUCAGCAGUCCUCGGCCCAUGCGGCGGUUCGCCGUUCCUCCACAAUCCGCAGAACUCACGCAGUCACCCAACCACAGCCCCACCCACGCGCCUGUGUCCCGGGUGAACGGCACAGGCCCCCACUCCCCUAAAACCUUUCAACCAAAGACAGUUGCCCAUCAGCCCAACAACAAAACCCAGACCCUUCCAGCCAAGCCCAAAGUUGCAGACAAGCCCCUGCAGGCCACCAGGUCCAACCCGUUCCCUAACACAACAGCCGUGCCAUCUGUGGCCAAGUCAGAACCGUCUACGCCCUGCCAACCCCUGCCCCCGCCGAUGCCCGGCAGCCCGAAAGUGCGCCGCCCACUGCUCACGGUGCCGCCCAAGCUCUCCGUUCCCCUUUCACCACUUUCGCCCAUCCGGCUUCACCACCUUCACCCGCUGGCCGGGACUGACCACAACGGCAAAUCUAUCCCCACCUUACAGGUUACGCCCCACCCCUCCCCCAGGGGCAGCCCAUUGCCAACUCCAAAAGGAACGCCGGUGCACACACCAAAGGAGAGCCCAGCGGGGACCCCUAGCCCCACGCCACCCCCCAGCCCCUCCAUUGGAGGCAUGCCGUGGAGAACACGCCUCAACUCCAUUAAGAACAGCUUCCUUGGCUCACCACGCUUCCACCGCAGGAAAAUGCAAGUUCCCACACAAGAGGAAAUGUCCAGCCUAACACCAGAGUCUUCCCCCGAACUUGCCAAAAAAUCUUGGUUUGGAAAUUUUAUUAACCUCGAAAAGGAGGAGCAGAUUUUUGUGGUGAUUCGGGACAAGCCUCUGAGCUCCAUCAAAGCAGAUAUUGUACACGCCUUUCUCUCUAUUCCCAGCCUCAGCCACAGUGUGGUGUCUCAGACGAGUUUCCGGGCAGAAUACAAAUCCACGGCCGGCCCCACCGUGUUCCAAAAACCAGUGAAGUUCCAGGUGGACAUCACCUACACCGAAAGCACGGCUGCCACCAAGGAGAACGGCAUCUACUCUGUCACCUUCACACUGCUCUCAGGUCCCAGCCGACGCUUCAAACGGGUGGUGGAGACGAUUCAGGCUCAGUUGUUAAGUACACAUGAGCAGCCUGGUGUCCAGCAGCUGUCUGGCAGCCCAUUGAGUAACUUCUUUGACGUAAUUAAACAGCUCUUUUCAGACGAGAAGAACGGGCAGGUGUCCCAUCCGCCCGGCACGCCCAAGCAUGCCCACAGCAAGAAACAUGAGCCUGAGCCUAAUGACUCCAAAUGUCCCUCUGGCCAAGACAAUGCCAAGAUGGCAUCAUCAGUUGGGACACAGGAACAACCUUAAAACCAGAAGACAUACUAUAUACUAGUUUUAAAAUAAAAUAAAAUAAACAAAAGAAAAGAAAAGAAUCCAGUCAUGGUGAAAGGAUGUUGUUGACUCAAGCUGGUUUUAACCAGGCCUCUACAAAGUUUUAUAUAAAGGAAUGAAUAUUGAAGUACUAUAUGAAGUACUGAUGCGACACUUUACAAAAGGCACAUAAAGAUAUGCUUAUUUUUUAUUUAUUUAUUUCUCUCCAGUGUUGUUUGUUCUUCACAGUGUCUCGUUAUGUUGUUUUACGAUGCCUUUAUUUAUUUCUGCUACCAGGAAUUAUCCAGAAAACGUGUUAAAGCCCCAAGUCCUGCUCUUGCACAAGAUUCAUGUAUGGCACAUUGAUGGAGGGCACAUUACACAGGAUGUUCAGUACAAGCAGCUGAGGGAAACUCCUCAUUCUGAUGCAUCUAAACACCCCAAACACCAACAAGAGCUGCAACCUAUUCCUCAGCUCCCUCCUGCUGCAGCUACUGUACACACAGCCACACAUGUCCAAGGAUUUGGAGUGAAGCCUUAAAAUAAAGAUGUUAAUGAAUUCUCACUAAGCUAACCCACAAUUCAUCUUUUUAUUGAAACAUACUCUUUGUCUCCUUUCCUCCCCGUCCUCUGCUAAUGCACACACAAACACACAGACGCACAUACAGGACAUCGUUACAAAAGAACAAAUGGCGAAGGAUUUCAUAAUGCACGUGUUUGAGGAGCUGCCCUCGAGGACCGUUGUUGGAUUGUAUUCUUUUCAAUGUAGUCUUUCUUUGUGAAAUGGAGAAUUUAAGACAUUUUAUGGACUCAUUGUCAUUGCUGAAUUGGAUUUGGAGAUCCUAUUUGAAAUAUGGUGGGGAUGAACUUUUAGGGUGGGUCUUGGAUUGGAACAUGGUGGUGGGAGGGGGGCGUCACAUUAAAUGAUCUAUUCUGUUGUACAGACUGAAAAUAUUCCUUAUGUAACAAAUGUCUAUCAGUGACAUUGCUUAGAUGAAUUGUGUUGCCACAUCCUGUUUUUUUUUUUUUUUUCUUGUGUUUUUUCUUUCUCAUGUAGCGUUCAUGAAAUGUUAGUUUUGAAUGACAGUUAUGCUUGAUGUCUUCGAGGGUUACUCGUGAUGUCAGUUUUCGAUUUAUUUGUAUUUAUUUUGUGUUCAAUUCUUAUUGAGAAACAUCUGCAGGAUUCAGAGACCUUUUACCCUUUUUUGUAACUUAUAUAUGUGUUUGUCUUUUUUAAUUUAUUCAGCUGGAGAAUAUUAAUAUAUACAAAACCGGGUGUUGAUUUUAUUGUUUGCACCAGGGCGACUCAUCCGAUUGUUUGAAGGAUCUUGUGUUUUGUGUACGAUAACACUUAUCCGAUUUUGUGAAUGAAGCACUCUUUCUUUCCCGGCUUUGGCCAGAUUAAAGAGCUUGUAGUAUAUGUUAAAUUAUUUACUGGUAAUUUAAGAAUGUAGACUAGCCUCUUUAGGGUGGGGGGGGUGAGGGAUAAUGAAGUAUUGAUAUUUGUCACUCAUCUCAUUGUGCGUGUAAAACAGGUGGACGAGCUCAAAACACAUGUUGUAAAUAGACAACUUUGGGCAAACGGCUUUCUAAAAACCAUCAAGGGGAUCCUGCUGCUCCUGACUCUAUCUCUCGUAUUGCAUGUCCGACAUUCGGCUUUAAUUUGCAUGAUGUUGUGGAUGUUAGAUUUCUCCUCCCCUUCAACUUUUUCAUCAUCGACUUGUUUCCGUUAUCACGCCUUCAUUUUCAGUUGGUCGUUUUUCUCACAUCUCUCUUAUCGUGAACGCUUUCUCGCCACGCGCUCUGCUGCAUCAUGCUGUGGGGAUGGGGGUCUGGGGUGUCAUACCACGUGAUCACUUAUGGGAACAUACAGCGUGGAGAAUAAGCGGAGAUGUAAUCUAAGCAAUACACAUUAUUGUCCUUCCUAUUUUGUACUUUGGGAGAAAAAAAAGGAGAAAAGCUGGAUUGUAAUGUAUCACGGAUUUGAUUAAUACCGAGCGGGAAAAAUAGAAUCGCCGCUAAUGUAUCCCCUUGUAACUACUGUGAACAACUUCAGUGCAACGGAAAUAAAUCCAUUGACUUUG